AUGGGGAAGAACAAACCCCUUCAUCCAAAUCUUAUUCUUCUCCUCCUUCUGAUCUUCCUGCUUGCAGAUGCCUCCAUCUCUGGAAAACCGCAGUACCUGGCACUGGUCCCCUCCCUGCUCCACAUGGAGACCCCCGAGAAGGGCUGCUUCCUUCUGAGCUACCUCAAUGAGACAGUGACUGUAAGUGCUUCCUUGCAGUCCCUUAGGGAAUUCCAGUGGCUCUUCCCUGACCUCGUGGUGGAGAAGGAAUUCCACUGCGUCUCCUUCACUGUCCCAAGAUCUCCAUCCAAUGAGGAGGUCAUGCUCCUCACUGUCCACGUGAAAGAACCAACCCAAGAAUUCAAGAGGCAGACCACAGUGGUGGUUAAAAACAAAGAGAAUGUGGUCUUCAUCCAGACAGACAAACCCAUCUACAAAUCAGGGCAGACAGUGAAAUUUCGUGUUGUCUCAUUGGAUGAAAAUUUUCACCCCCUGAAUGAGUUGAUUCUGCUAAUAUUCAUUCAGGACCCGAAAGGAAAUCGCAUCAUGCAAUGGCAGAAAGUCCAGUUAGAGAAUGGUCUAAAGCAAUUGGCCUUUCCCCUCUCAUCUGAGCCCAUUCAGGGCUCCUAGGUAGUACAGAAGGAAUCCGGUGGAAAAACAGAUCACUCCUUCACCGUGGAGGAAUUUGUGCUUCCCAAGUUUGAACUACAAGUAACAAUGCCAAACAUAAUCACUAUCUUGGAAGAAGAGGUGAAUGUGUCUGUAUGCGGCCUAUAUACAUAUGGGAAGCCUGUCCAAGGACACAUGACUAUGAGCAUGUGCAGAAAAUACAGUAACCCUUCUAACUGCUAUAGCGGAGAGUCACAGGCCGUCUGCGAGAAAUUCAGUCAACAGCUAAACAGUCAAGGCUGCUUUUCUCAGCUGGUAAAAACCAAGGUCUUUCAGAUGAAGAGACAAGGGUAUGAAAUGAGACUUCAAGUGGAGGCCAAGAUCCAAGAAGAAGGAACAGGGGUUGAAUUAACUGGAAAAGGAUCCAGUGAAAUAACAAGAACCAUAACCAAACUCUCAUUUGUGCAAGUGGACCCAUACUUUAGACAAGGGAUCCCCUACUUUGGGCAGGUGCAACUAGUGGAUGGGAAAGGUGUCCCCAUGCCAAACGAACUCAUCUUCAUCACAGCAGAUGAAGCUAACUAUAACUCCAAUGUCACUGAUGAGCAUGGACUGGUACAGUUUUCAAUUGAUCCUACCGGUGUGACGGGCACCUCACUCACUGUCAGGGUCAAAUACAAGGAUCACAGUCCCUGUUAUGGCUACCAAUGGCUGUUGGCAGAAAACAAAGAAGCUUAUCACACUGCUAACCUUGUAUUCUCCCUAAGCAAGAGUUUUGUCUACCUAGAGCCUAUGCCUCAGGAACUGCCCUGCAGCCAAACUCAGACAAUCCAAGCACAUUACAUUCUGAACAGACAUGCCCUGCAGAAUCUGAAGGAGCUCGUGUUCUAUUAUCUGAUAAUGGCAAAGGGAAGCAUUGUCCGAAGUGGGACCCACGUGCUGCCUGUGAAGCAGGGAGUGAUGAAAGGCCACUUUUCCGUGUCAGUCCCUGUGGAGGCAGACAUCGCUCUUAUUGCUCGAUUCCUCAUCUACACCAUUUUACCCGAUGGGGCAGUGGUUGCAGAUUCUGCAAAAUAUAAGACUGAAAACUGUCUGUCCAACAAGGUGAACUUGAGCUUCCAUCCAGCACAAAGUCUCCCGGCCUCACACGCCUGCCUGCGAGUCUCAGCUUCUCCUCAGUCCCUCUGCGCCCUCCGUGCUGUGGACCAAAGUGUGCUACUCAUGAGGCCCAAGGUUGAGCUGUCCACGGCUUAGGUUUAUGAUCUGUUGCCAGUGAAGGACCUCACUGGUUUCCCUGGGAGUUUGAAUCAACAUGAGGAAGAUGAUGGAGACUGUAUCAAAAGCCAUAAUGUCUUCAUCAAUGGAAUCAUGUAUUCCCCUGUACCAAAUACAAGUGAAAAAGAUAUAUAUAGCUUCCUAUGGGGUAUGGGCUUAAAGGCAUUCACAAACACAAAGAUUCAUAAACCCAAAGUAUGUUCACCGCCUGAACCCUAUGCAAUGCAGUCAUCUCGAAGGCCAUUUGCUUCUCCAGUCAUAUCUGAAUUGCAAAGAGGCCGUGAACUUACAGAGAUGGCACAUGUCUCAGAGGCUUUCACCGAGACUGUGAGAAAGUACUUCCCUGAGACGUGGAUCUGGGACUUGGUGGUGGUAAACUCAUCAGGUGUGGCUGAAGUGGGUGUGACAGUCCCUGACACCAUCACUGAGUGGAAGGCAGGCGCCCUCUGUCUUUCCAAUGACACUGGACUUGGUCUGUCUCUUCCCGCCUCCCUCCGCGCCUUCCAGCCCUUCUUUGUGGAGGUCACCAUGCCCUACUCGGUGAUCCGUGGAGAGGCCUUCACACUCAAGGCCACUGUCCUAAACUACCUUCCCAAGUGCAUCUGGGUGAGUGUGCAGCUAGACCUGUCUCCUGCAUUCCUAGUCCAGGAGAAGAAACAAGAGUCUCACUGCGUCUGUGAGAAUGGCCGGCAGACUGUGUCCUGGGCAGUGACGCCAAAGGCAUUAGGAAAUGUGAACUUCACCGUGAGCGCAGAGGCACUGGAGUCUCAAGAGCCAUGUGAGACUGAGGUGGCUGUGGUCCCUGAAUAUGGAAAGAAAGACACAAUCAUUAAGUCUCUGCUGGUUGAACCUGGAGGACUAGAAAAGGAAGCAACAUUCAACUCCCUGCUCUGUCCAUUGGGUUCUGGAGCGUCUGAACAACUAUCUCUGAAGCUGCCACUGAAUGUGGUAGAAGAAUCUGCCCGAGCCUCCGUCUCAGUAUUGGGAGAUAUCUUGGGCUCUGCCAUGCAAAAUAUACAAAAUCUCCUCCAAAUGCCCUACAGCUGUGGUGAACAGAAUAUGGUCCUCUUUGCUCCUAACAUCUACGUUCUGAAUUAUCUAAAUAAUACACAACAGUUGACUCCAGAGGUCAAGUCCAAGGCCAUUGGCUACCUCAAUAAUGGUUACCAGAGACAGCUGAACUAUAAGCACUAUGAUGGCUCCUAUAGCACCUUUGGGGAACAACAUGGCAGGGGUGAGGGCAAUACCUGGCUCACCGCCUUUGUACUGAAGACUUUUGCCCAGGCUCGAGCCUACAUCUUCAUCGAUGAGGCACACAUCCACCAAGCCCUCAUGUGGCUCUCUCAAAAGCAGAAGGACAAUGGCUGUUUCAGGAGCUCUGGGUCUCUGCUUAACAAUGCCAUUAAGGGUGGAGUGGACGACGAAGUGACCCUCUCUGCCUAUAUCACCAUCGCCUUUCUAGAGAUUCAUCUCCCCGCCACUCACCCUGUUGUCCGCAACGCCCUGUUCUGCUUGGAGUCAGCCUGGAAUUCAGCCAAGGAAGGACGCUAUGAACAGCACAUCUACACCACGGCACUGUUGGCCUAUGCUUUUGCCCUGGUAGGUAACCAGGACCGGAGCAAGGAGAUACUCCACUUACUUAAUGAGGAAGCCGUGAAGGAAGUUGAUUCCCUCCACUGGGAGCGACCUCAGAAACCCAGGGCACUGGUGGAGCAUUUUUAUCAACCCCAGGCUCCCUCAGCUGAGGUGGAGAUGACGUCCUAUGUGCUCCUUGCUCACCUCAUAGCUCACGGUGCCCCAACCUCCGAACAGCUGACUUCCGCCGCAGUCAUCGUGAGGUGGAUCCUAAAGCAACAGAAUGCCCACAGGGGCUUCUCCUCCACCCAGGACACAGUGGUGGCUCUCCAUGCCUUGUCCAAGUAUGGGGAAGCCACAUUCACCAGGAGCGAGGAGCCUGCACAGGUGACCAUCCAAUACUCAGGAACGAUUCUCAAAAAAUUCCAAGUGGACAGCAACAACCGUCUGUUACUACAGCAGACUUCAUUGCCAAAGGUGCCUGAAGAGUACACCGUGACAGUGACUGGAGAAGGAUGUGUCUACCUCCAGACAACCUUGAAAUACAACAUUCUGCCAGGAAAGGAAGAAUCCCCAAUUGCUUUGGACGUGCAGACUCUGCCCCAAACUUGCGAGGGACCCAAAGCCCACAUCAGCUUCCAGAUCUCGCUGAAUGUCAGUUACACUGGGAGCCGCCCCACCUCCAACAUGGUGAUUGCUGAUGUGAAGAUGGUAUCUGGCUUCAUUCCCCUGAAACCAGCAGUGAAAAUGCUUGAAAAAUCUAACCACGUGAGUCGAACAGAAGUUAGCAACAACCAUGUUUUGAUUUAUCUGGAUAAGGUGACAAAUCAGAUACUGAGCUUGACCUUCAGUGUUCUGCAAGACAUCCCAGUAAGAGACCUGAAGCCAGCCAUAGUGAAGGUCUACGAUUACUAUGAGACAGAUGAGUUUGCAGUUGCGGAGUACAGUGCCCCUUGCAGCAAAGAUCAUGGAAAUGCUUGAAGAUCACGUCAAUGAAAACUGCUUUGCUGGGAUAUCUGUCCCACAGACUCAGUUCUCUGUGGAA